AAUGCUCCUAGUCUCAAACAUUCUCAAACGUAGAGCGUCUUCUACCAACUUCUUCUUCACAUCGUUCACUGUCUGCCAAAUCAAAGUAGGUUUGAGUUCGUGGUUUAUUUUGGAGAUUGGUGAAAAAUGAGUUCUACUGGUGGAUCAACCAAGGGAGGAAGAGGAAAGCCUAAGGCGUCAAAGUCUGUAUCGCGGUCGCAGAAGGCUGGAUUGCAGUUCCCCGUGGGGAGGAUCGCCAGAUUUCUCAAGGCAGGAAAGUAUGCCGAGCGUGUUGGCGCUGGUGCACCAGUCUAUCUAUCCGCUGUCCUCGAGUACCUCGCUGCCGAGGUACUGGAGCUUGCGGGGAAUGCAGCAAGAGAUAACAAGAAGAAUCGCAUUGUGCCGAGGCAUAUUCAACUUGCUGUAAGGAACGAUGAGGAGCUGAGCAAGCUCUUAGGUUCUGUCACCAUUGCCAAUGGUGGUGUGUUACCUAACAUUCACCAGACUCUUCUUCCUAAGAAGGUUGGCAAGGGGAAAGGUGACAUAGGAUCUGCUUCUCAGGAGUUCUAGGCUUUAUUUACCAUUAGUUUUUGCUGUUUUGUUGAGAAUUCUACAGUUGUAAAAUAUUCCUUUUUGGAUUUUUUCUACUUGGAUUUCAAUGAUAUCUUUUGAGUAAAGCAGAUGUUAAUAUAUUGUUGUCUUCGUUA